UAUUGUUUUCUAUCAUCUAUUUCUACUUCACUCUGUAAAGUCGACAUAAAAUUACAACUAACACUUUCUUUUGCUGGACUCUUAGAGCAGACUGUUAAAAUCACCCCAUUUUUAAAAGGAAACAAAGUAUCUUUCAUUGUCAUCCUUAUAUAGGAAAACCAAAUAGACUGAAAUGAUGGGCAGCACCUAUUUCGCCAAAGCCGAGUUGCGCGAUACGUUAUCAUCUUCGCGCUGGAUAAACGCCGACCGAAGGAGAAAACGUACGGAGGAUACCAACACAGCCCCCCAAAACAACGCACCAACUGUAACACAGAACUAAGAUUUGUAGCACUCUGGUUCACUUCGGCAUUUGUCGACUUUGGCGGCUUUAAGUUGUGUGAACUUCAACUCUCAGGAUUCCCCAGCCAGCGCAUCUUCAAGUCGCCAAGGUUGAGAAACAUUGAUCUUCUGCCGUAUCUGCUGGCAGAGAAGUUAGGCUGAGCACCGCGUGGGAGGGAAAAGGUACUGUCGUCCCCUGGUCCUUUAGUUUCAUCUAAGCCCAAUGUAUCCCUAAAACCACUCCUCUAUCGAUCUGUUUGGCGGAGCCAACGACGCCACAGUUUCCCGCCAAAGUGGCGCGCCGCAAAGGCGCCUCUUCCCAGCAUCCUUGCCUAAAAUGGCGUGUGUCCAGGGAGCCCUGACGAGCCUCGUCUUGCAGCCAUUUUCUACCCCGCUUUUGCCUUGACAAUUGCCGCGCAGCCCUCGUUUAACCAGAAAGGGCGCUCGCAAGGAUGGGCCGGCGGGGUAGUAACUGAUUUAGCGACGUGCGAUCGCUAACUGCGCGAUCCACCUUCCGCAGGAAGGGCGGUCUUGUGAAUCAGGCACCAAGGCUGGAGCCUAAAGUGAUUAGCCUGCGACGCAGGAAGAGAAAGCCCGCUAGUGACGCCAUCUCUCUUGGACCAAGGGGAACUCUGUGAAAGAGUGUCGCGGAAAUGGAUGGGGGCUACGGCCCGAUCGAGGGGUGCGCGGAGGGGCCUUCCAGGUGAAGGAGGCACCCAACUGCCCCCCUCCUUCUCCUCGAUGGUCAACGAGUCCUGGAUCCAGCUCUUCUACACCCACUGUGUUACAGGGGAAACCCGCAGCCAGAUGACUUGAGUGUUUUGGGGCAGGGUGUAACGUCCCCGAUCCUCCGGCAACAUGUCGGUUGGGCUUAAGACGUCGAGCUUCCCCGCCUGGAAGCGACAUAUCCUGGAUGAACUGAAGCGUCGAGACCGGUUACAAAGACAGGCCUUUGAAGAGAUAAUCUUGCAAUAUAACAAGCUCUUGGAGAAGUCAGAUUUUCAUUCAGUGCUGGCUGACAAGCUACAAGUGGAAAAGUAUGAUUUGCCAAGCCGGCAUGAGAUCAGCCCAGGACAUGAUGGUGCAAGAAAUGAUGCUCAUCUUCAAGAAGUAGCUCAAUUAAGGAUUAAACAUCAAGAGGAAUUGACAGAGCUGCACAAGAAACGGGGCGAGUUGGCUCAAUCUGUGAUUGACCUAAACAAUCAAAUACAACAGAAGGACAAAGAAAUACAAAUAAAUAAUGUCAAAAUUGCAGAAUAUUUACAGAAGAUAUCUGAACUGGAGACUGAGUGCCAUGAUUUGUGUAACAAGCUUCAAGAUCUUGAACGAGCUAAUCAGACUCUUAAGGAUGAAUAUGAUGCUCUCCAAAUCACCUUUACUGCUCUUGAAGAAAAAUUAAGAAAAACCACUGAAGAUAACCAAGAACUGGUAACCCGUUGGAUGGCAGAAAAGGCUCAAGAAGCUAAUCGGCUCAAUGCAGAAAAUGAGAAAGAUUUAAGGAGAAGGCAAGCUCGGCUUCAGAAAGAACUAGCAGAAGCUGCUAAAGAACCACUGCCAAUUGAACAGGAUGAUGAUAUUGAAGUCCUUGCUGAUGAAACCUCCGAUCCAGCUGAGGAGACAUCUCCGGUUCGUGCUGUCACACGGACAGCAAGUAAGCGACUCUCCCAGCCCCCUGGAGGCCUUCUGGAUUCUAUCACUAAUAUCUUUGGUCUGUCUGAGUCUCCCCUUUUGGGACAUCACUCUUCUGAUACUGCCAGGAGGCGCUCUUUAUCCUCAUGUCCUAUUCCUCAAGAUAAUACUGAUGUACAUCCUACUGCAAGCAGAGAGGUCCGACUACCCAACACAGCAGCGUGUGUCUUUGAUGCACAUGAUGGGGAGGUUAAUGCAGUCCAGUUCAGUCCUGGUUCUCGCUUAUUAGCAACAGGAGGCUUGGACCGUAGGGUCAAAAUUUGGGAAGUGUUUGGUGAUAAGUGUGAAUUUAAAGCCUCGCUAUCUGGCAGUAAUGCAGGGAUUACUAGUGUAGAGUUUGAUAAUGCUGGUUCCUACUUAUUAGCGGCUUCAAAUGACUAUGCCAGUAGGAUCUGGACAGUGGAUGAUCAUCGGUUACGGCACACGCUCACGGGGCAUAGUGGAAAGGUUUUAUCAGCCAAAUUCCUUCUGGACAAAGCUCGCAUUGUAUCUGGGAGUCAUGACAGAACGCUCAAGCUAUGGGACCUGCGCAGCAAAGUCUGUAUAAAAACGGUGUUUGCUGGCUCCAGCUGCAAUGAUCUUGUCUGCACAGAACAAUGUGUAAUGAGUGGACACUUUGAUAAGAAAAUUCGCUUUUGGGACAUUAGAACUGAAAGUGUGGUACGGGAAGUGGAAUUGCUGGGAAGGAUUACAGCUCUGGAUCUGAACCCUGAGAGAACAGAGCUUCUUACAUGUUCUCGUGAUGAUCUGUUGAAAAUUAUUGAUCUCAGAAUCAAUGCUGUCAAACACACAUUCAGUGCUCCAGGAUUUAAAUGUGGGUCUGACUGGACUAGAGUUGUAUUCAGCCCUGAUGGAAAUUAUGUUGUGGCUGGCUCAGCAGAUGGAUCACUUUAUAUAUGGAGUGUGCUCACUGGAAAAGUGGAAAGGACACUUUCCAAGCAUCACAGCAAUCCCAUCAAUGCUGUGGCAUGGUCACCAUCUGGAGCCCAUGUGAUCAGUGUGGACAAAGGAAACAAGGCUGUGCUGUGGUCUGAAUUUUAACCUGCAAAACACUAGCUUGCCAAAAAAAAUGCAUGGAAGGCAAAAUGUGUCUUGUCUAGAGCGGAGAGAAGUCCCAUAUCUGGCUCUCACCCAAGUUUAUUUGCCGAGUGCAUAAGAAUUAUUGAUUCAUCCAUCAGGAAGAAAAGUGGAUCCUGAUUACAGUAUGUUGCUGCUAUCUAACUUUCAUACAGAUUUGGGUGUGGAACCAGUCAUUUUUAAAAUGCACCAUCUGCACAAUGAAAAGUUUCUUAUACCAGAUAGCAGCACUCCUGAAACAAUAUUCUAUGGCAUUUCACUGUUGAGUGCUGUAGCAAAAGUUCCUGUAUGUCCUGACUUUAUGCAUGUAUUCAUACAUGUGUCUUCUUCUCUGAGCUAGCUAAGAGAGAAAGUGAAAGAUCCUAAGACAUAGAAUGGUGGGAUCCAAAGUGUAAUCCCAUUUGAGUAAGCCAUGAAUUUGGCAAUUGCAUCUGUGGGACUUUUAGUACUUCGCAAAUCACAGCUUCUUGUACCAGCUUGAUUUGUGGCAGGCAGAAUUGUCUGAAAAACAGAAGUUGUAUCCUCCAAAGGUUAUCCGGGCAGCAGUGAUACAGAAGCAUUUUAAUUUGUGCAUUUUGGGUUUUAAUUGUGGGAUACAACAAGAAGUUCUGCUGUAAUGAAGAAUGUAUAAUAGCACGACUUGAGCACAAAAACCAAAUCCAGAGUAACUUCUGCUAUCUUGCAGUUUUAUAAUGAGGGCAAAGGACAUGAAAGGAAACAAACACCUGAAGCUGAAUGUCCUGGUGCUGGCAAAACCAUAUCAUUUGCCUCUGACUUAAAUGUGCAAUAUUCUUUCUGUGCUGGAGCUCUCUCCCUCUCGCUCUCCCUGCCAUGGAGGAGCUUGGGAGUCUGUAUCCUUCGGUGGUUAAAUGCACAAGAUGGUUUGAGGAGAAUUUGUGGAGGAGUUUGAGGAGAUUCAUCAGCCAAAUACCUUUCCACAUUUAGUGGGCUGUGAUACAAGCCACCAGCAUUAAAUUGCCUUUUAAUUUGCACUUUAUUUUUUCUUCCUUCCACAACUUAUUUUGUAUUGCUUGUAUUGGAGGGCAAGUGGCAGGAUUCUUUUGGAUCUAGGGUUCUCAUUAGAUCCCUUCACUUUGACAACUUAUGUAGAGGAAAAAUGGAGAGUACAUGGGACAAACUUUAUUUAUUGUACUAAUCUGUCCACUAGUACUUAACUGAUUAUAAAUAAACCAAUAUCCUGCUUCUAAAUCUGCACUGCUUUUCCUUUAUUUUUUAUCUGCUCCGGAUACAGUCAUAGGAAUGGAAAGCAGUUUGAAGGGAAUACUAAAAGUUCUAUAUAAAGUUUCAGCUGCAAAUAUAUUUGCAAAACCUACAAUGAGAUGCUGGGGUAGAAGGAAUAAUGCAUCUACUGUUAAAAAACGUUCAACAGCACAGUAGGGAUAAUCAGAAACAGAUUUUAAAAUGGAGUGCCAACAUUGUAAUAUAAAUCAGUGGUGUGACCACAUCAGGAAUAUAUGCAGUUCUGGUUGCCACAACCUCAACCAGGAUACAGUGGAGUUAGAGGUUGUUCAGAGGAGGGCAACUAAGAUAAUCGUGGGACUCAAACUGCUUCCCUAUAAGGAAAGGUUGCAACAUUUGGGGCUUUUUUAGUCUAGAAAAGAGGUGAAGGAGAGGGGCUAUGAUUGAGGUGUACAAAACUGCAUAAUGUAGAUAAAGUGGCAAAAAGUAGCUAUUUUCCCCUUCCAAAAAUACUAGAAACCAGAGGACACUCAAUGGAAUCCUGGAAAAAUCGGGACAGACAAAAAGUGGCUUUUACCUUGAGUUACAAUCACAAUUGAGCCCAAAAUUAUGU